AUGGAAGUGGAGGUGGUCUUUGUGGGCAUGAUGUCCAGCUCCACCCUCUGGGGAAACAUCUCAGACCAGUACGGCAGGAAAACAAUGGCCGAUGCCAUGGAAAUGAUGAUCCUGAGUAUCCUUGCGCCACAGCUGCACUGCGAGUGGCGUCUCCCCAGCUGGCAGGUUGCGUUGCUGACCUCGGGGCUGAAGAUCAGCGUUCUUUGGACUCUCUACUAUGGCAUCCUCAGUGCUUUCGCACCUGUGUACAGCUGGAUCCUGGUGCUCCGGGGCCUGGUGGGCUUCGGGAUCGGAGGGGUCCCCCAGUCGGUGACGCUGUAUGCUGAGUUCCUUCCCAUGAAAGCCAGAGCUAAGUGUAUUUUGCUGAUUGAGGUGUUCUGGGCCAUCGGGACAGUGUUCGAGGUCAUCCUGGCUGUGUUUGUGAUGCCCAGCCUGGGCUGGCGUUGGCUGCUUAUCCUCUCUGCUGUCCCGCUGCUCCUCUUUGCUGUCCUGUGUUUUUGGCUGCCGGAGAGUGCAAGGUAUGAUGUGCUGUCUGGGAACCAGGAAAAGGCCAUUGCCACCUUAAAGAGGAUAGCAACAGAAAACGGAGCCCCCAUGCCGCUGGGGAAACUCAUCAUCUCCAGACAGGAAGACCGAGGCAAAAUGAGGGACCUUUUCACGCCCCACAUUAGAUGGACGACCUUGUUGCUGUGGUUUAUAUGGUUUUCCAAUGCAUUUUCUUACUAUGGAUUAGUCCUACUCACCACAGAGCUCUUCCAGGCAGGAGAUGUCUGCAGCAUCUCCAGCCGGAAGAAGGCGGUAGAGGCAAAAUGCAGCCUGGCCUGCGAGUACCUGAGUGAGGAGGAUUACAUGGACCUGCUAUGGACCACCCUGUCUGAAUUCCCAGGUGUCCUUGUGACUCUGUGGAUCAUUGACCGCCUGGGCCGCAAGAAGACCAUGGCUCUGUGCUUCACCAUCUUCUCCUUCUGCAGCCUCCUGCUGUUUAUCUGUGUUGGAAGAAAUAUGCUCACUCUGUUACUCUUCAUUGCAAGAGCGUUUAUUUCUGGAGGCUUCCAAGCAGCCUAUGUUUACACACCUGAGGUCUACCCUACGGCGACGCGAGCACUCGGCCUGGGCACCUGCAGCGGCAUGGCAAGAGUGGGUGCUCUCAUCACUCCGUUCAUUGCUCAGGUGAUGUUAGAAUCCUCCGUGUACCUGACGCUGGCGGUUUACAGUGUCUGCUGCCUCCUGGCUGCCGUGGCCUCCUGCUUUUUGCCCAUCGAGACUAAAGGCCGUGGACUGCAAGAGUCCAGCCACCGGGAGUGGGGCCAGGAGAUGGUCGGCCGAGGGACGCACAUCACAGGCGUCACCAGGUCGAACUCUGGCUCUCAGGAGUAGUGACCGAUGGGGGGCUGAGCUGGUCUUUGAGGCUGUAGAGCACGGGGCGCUGGUGGAACCCCGCUGGGGCACUGACCGUCACUGCCGACACCAAGAACUCAUCCUAGAGUACAACCUGGACCCUGGUUGCUCAUAUUCAUCGAGACCCACCUGGGGAUGGGGAAAUGUUUGCUCUGGGGGUGCUCUGUAUGUGUGGGGGGAGGUUUGUUAAUAACCUGUGGAUCUGCAUGGGAAAACGGCCACACUAGGAGUGCCUGGUGGUGCCAGUGGCCAACCAGACGCCAUCCAGAAUCAGCUGGUCACACCCUUUGGUGAACAAAAACCAAAGGUUCGCUGUAGAUACAGUCCAGGCCCAGCCCCAGUGAAAGCUGACGCCUAGUGAGUCGACACCUGCCACCCACCAGUAGGUUUCUCCUAUACCCUCAGCCCCCAGCUUUCGUCUUUGAAAUCAAAGGUGACUUGGGUGUGACCUGAGCAGCUUUUUCUUGCAUCCAAGAAACGUUCCCUCAGAUGAGGCCCCUGGGUUUGCCUCCCCAGGCAGGGCCUGACUAGUGGAGGCUCUGGCAGAUGGACAUGCAUUUGAACUUGAGCCACAUACCCCACCUGGGCCCCUUUGGAGUUGCUGUCCCUGGCUCUAGGGGAUCCAAAUGUGUCCACGGGGACCGCUGGGCUUGCACCAGAUGACAACCUCAGAGAGCUGUUACCCCUGGUCAUUGGAGACUGAGGCCGACGGGGCUGAGAACCAAGCCCAAAGCCACAACAGGGGCCUCCUGUUUGGCAGCAGCAAAGGUCACGUUGGGACUUCUUUUCUGGUUCCCUCCUUAAUUAGGUGGAUUGGUGACUCUUGGGGAAAGAAGACAGUUAACUGAGGUCUCAGUGCUUUUGAUUUUUGAGCGUGGGCGGAUAGAUAAAUGGACAGAGAAAACAAAAGGAUGCUACACCAACUGGCUGCUCCUGUCGGGGUCGGGGACCAGGAACCCUCCCACCCUGGUUCCUCUGCCACUCUUGCUGUCAAGGGCUGGCAUGGUCUUUACAUAGAGGCAGCUCUUGGGGUUCCGGCAGUGGAACCCACGGUGGGGCUGCUGCGGGGUGGGGAGGACUGGGAGGACCCAGAUGUGUGAAAUGUGUACAUUUUCAAAGGAAGAGAAGGGAGGUCAAUAGGAUUUGGGGUUGGCCUUGGAAAGAAGGGCUGGCACCAUGUCUCUGCGGACAGCACCCACCUCCAGGAUUUGGUUUACACAAGCCUUUUCCCCGUCGGAAAGGCAGGGAACCUAGAGAAGGAGGGAGGAAGUGGCUGGAUUCCAUCAAAGGCCAGAGAAGAUUGACCCUCUGCUUGGAGAUACCUGCUUGAAGUCAACAUUGCGAGGAAACCAAAUGUGUACGUUCAUCUCUUAUUAAAACAUGUUGGUGAUGGACAUUG